CUUCUUUAAAAUCUUCAGACACGCUUUGAUCUCAUCUUCAACUCGAAAAAAUUAGAUUCUCUUUUUUUUUCCUUAAGGUGUGUAUCUUGAUUCGAAAAUGGCUUCUGAAACUGAGUCAGCGACAGAAAACAACAUAAAAGGAGUACUUGUUCAUGGAGGAAGAUAUUUUCAGUACAAUGUCUAUGGAAACAUGUUUGAAGUCUCCAACAAGUAUGUUCCUCCUAUCCGACCAAUCGGUAGAGGGGCUUACGGCUUUGUCUGUGCCGCAGUAGAUUCGGAGACACAAGAAGAGAUUGCAAUCAAGAAGAUAGGCAAAGCCUUCGACAACAAAGUAGAUGCUAAGCGAACGCUGAGAGAGAUUAAGCUACUUCGUCAUUUAGAACAUGAGAACGUUGUCAUUAUAAAAGACAUCAUCAGACCACCAAAGAAGGAGACAUUCACAGAUGUUUAUAUAGUCUAUGAGUUAAUGGAUACUGAUCUUCAUCAGAUUAUUCGUUCAGACCAGCCCUUGAAUGAUGAUCAUUGUCAGUACUUCUUGUAUCAGAUUCUACGUGGACUAAAGUACAUACACUCAGCAAAUGUAUUACAUCGUGACCUUAAGCCGAGUAACUUGCUUCUGAAUGCAAACUGCGACCUUAAGAUUGCAGACUUCGGUUUGGCAAGGACGACAUCUGAGACAGAUCUCAUGACAGAAUAUGUUGUCACGAGAUGGUACCGAGCACCAGAGCUGCUUCUCAACAGUUCUGAGUACACAUCUGCGAUUGAUGUCUGGUCUGUUGGUUGCAUAUUUGCUGAGAUCAUGACAAGGGAACCUCUAUUCCCUGGGAAAGACUAUGUCCACCAGCUUAAACUUAUAACCGAGUUGAUAGGAUCACCUGAUGGAACGAGCCUAGAGUUUCUCAGAAGCGAGAAUGCCAGAAAGUACGUUAAAGAACUACCAAAGUUCCCGAGGCAGAGCUUUGCAGCUAGGUUUCCUGGUAUGAGUUCUAUAGCUAUCGAUCUGCUGGAGAAAAUGCUCGUGUUUGAUCCUGAAAAACGCAUAACGGUUGAGGAAGCAUUGUAUCAUCCUUUCUUGUCAGCACUUCACGACCUUAACGACGAGCCUGUUUGUUCAAACCAUUUCAGUUUCGAUUUUGAGAACCCGUCUUCCACUGAAGAAGAGAUUAAGGAGCUCGUGUGGCUAGAAUCAGUGAAGUUCAAUCCUCAUCCGACCACUUAAGUCCAUUGUUUAUUGUAAGGUUGCCUCUUAUAAGCUUCUGUUUCAUCAAUGUUGUUUUAGCCUUUUCAUCUGUCAAAAAAAACUAUAUAUCAUGCAAUACCAGAAAAUGAUGUAUGACGAUCUCCCUUGAGACACAAGAUAUAUAUAUUUUUUGUCUCACACA